CGCCAGUAGUGCCGCGAUAGUACUCUAGGAGCUCUCUUUCUUCCAAUCAGCUUCACCGUAGCUGCACGAACAUGGCUGCGAGCUCGCUGGUUACCUCACUUGUUGUCCUAGCUUUGAUUCACGUUUGCAGUGGAGGAGGUCAUGGAGGGCACAAGAAGGUGAUAAUCCACGUCCCGUUCAAAGUGAAACACAUCCAUCACACGCACACGGUCGUCAAACACGUCCCCCACCACGAUCACCAUGAGGACAAGGAAUUCUACAAGGUGAUUGGCUAUUCGGGCGGCAUCGAUGACGGCGAAGUGGUGAGUCACGGUCACGGAGGCGGAGGAGGAGGCGGUGGAGGCGGUCACGGAGGAUUCGGAGGCGGAUUUGGAGGAGGAGAUGGAGGACAUGGUAUCGAGAUUGGACAGCCGAUUCAUGGCCACAUCGAAGGUGGCAUUGGAGGCGGUCACGGUCACGGUCUGGAGGCGCACGCGACUGAAAUCGGAGGAGGCGGAGGAUUUGGCGGCGGUCAUCAAGCGAUCGAAAUCGGAGGCGGCCACGGAGGCGGUGAUUUAGGCGGCGGAUACGGAGGCGGACAUCAAGCGAUCGAAAUCGGAGGCGGCCACGGAGGCGGUGAUUUAGGAGGCGGAUACGGAGGCGGGCAUCAAGCGAUCGAAAUCGGAGGCCAUGGAGGCGGUGAUAUUGGAGGAGGAUAUGGGGGUGGCCACGGAGGAGGUGAUAUCGGAGGUGGUUACUCAGCCCCAAUCGCCAGCCACGACCUCGGCGGAGGCGGCUAUGGAGGCGGUCAAGACCUUGGAGGCGGUCAUGGCGGAUGGGUGGCUAGCGGCGGAUACGGAGGCGGAGGCAUAGGAGGCGGACAUGAUCUUGGGGGCGGUCACGAUUUCGGCGGCGGAUCGAUAGGAGGAGGAGGAGGCAUCGAACACAACGCCAUUUCGCAGGAAGGCGGCCACGAUUUCGGAGGUGGAUACGGAGGCGGCGAUAUCGGAGGCGGUGGAGGUGGUGACUUGGGACAUCACGGCUACGAUUGAUGAAGCUGCUCUACGUUCUUAUUUCUUAUCUCUAGAGAUGCCAAAACUAGUCGCGCCGAUUUCGUGAGAAGAUCGUGAAGAGAAUUUGUACAUAGUUGAGAUGUGAGGACUUGGUCCAGCGAUAAAAUGUGGCUCUGUUCUUUACAGCCAAUAAUGUUUGAAGACGGAGUAUAGUUACGGGCUAGAUCACGUCGAUCAGCAUUAGUAAGACUUGUGAUGGAGAUGACGUAGUUGUUUGCUACACACCGAAACGAAAUUACAAGCUACGGUGAAUUUUCCCAAAUGUAUGCGUUCAAACAGACCACAGUAUACAGAGAGCUUCAGGAAGCCUUAAAGGGCGUACCGUUACCUUCAAUAUAUCCAUGGGUUCGUCAGUAAGUUCAAUAUUUGAAGACGAAGAAGAAAAAGCGCAAGACAUUAUUUGCAUUCAGAGAAAUAGUGCAAGGUUUUAUUAUUAACGAACUUCCAGAAUCAUGUUUGGCAACCAACCAUUAAAAAAAUUUCCAGUGAAACAGAAGGUUCAUCAGCUUGACUCAGGUUAAGAAGGCUGAUUUCAUCUAUAAUAACUUACGUAAAACAAUCCAAUCACCCUAGUGGAAAUACCAAAAUCCUAUGAUUUUAAAAUAUCACUGUUCUAUCAAGAAUAUACAACUUUGUCUUGCUACUUCUUAUUAGAUAUAGGGCUUCACUCAUUAUUGGCUGUCUUGACUAGAAAGGCUGAACCGUCAACUAGAUAAAGGCAUUAUCUUUCAGACAUGGUGAUACUAUGACUUAUUUCUAUGACUGAUACACUCUGCAGUACUAUCUUUAGCUUAAGCACUUUUUUUACUUCAUAGAAGAAGCUUUCUCCAAAUUCUGUUACUGCAUUACUGAAAAUGCUUAACCAUCAAAGCUAUCGAUAACCAUAAUCACAAAUACCGCAUACAUGAACGCUAACGUUAACCUUAUGUGACAGGUGUGAUAAAUAUCAAAUAGGGUUAAGGUUAACGUCUAAGUGAGCGAUGCUUGUGAUUGCUGAAAUUCACUAUUGAUGAAAGUGUAUACAGCGAAAAACCAAGUUGAUUCAGGUCCGUUCUGUACUGUAUAUUAUUAAGUUAAGCACGUUUUAUAUUUGAUUGUUGAUG